AUGGCCAGCCCCAGGAGGUCUCUCUUUCAGGGCCUGAGUGUGCUGCUCCUGGCCUGGGCUCUGGUACACUGCCAGGCCCCUCUGGAGCCCCAGAAGGAAGAGGAGGAGGAGGAAGAACCCAUGGAGGAGACAGAGACAGAGAUAGAGACCUUUACAGUCCCGGCUGUAGUGAAGGCCGAGCCGGUUGUAUGUCCAGGGGAAUGUACCUGUACAGAGGGAGUGGUGGACUGUGCUGGGGUAGACCUCAUGGACUUUCCUAGUGAGCUGUCUGAGAGCACACGGAUUCUCUCGCUGCAGGUGGGUCACACACACCCAACACAACACCUACAUUCUCUCCCUACAGUUGGGUCUCAGACAUCCAUUAGAUACAUCAGUCAGGUAGCACUAUUGAGUCAGACAUUGACAGACACUCCCAAUACCUGAUAGAUCUUGUUCCAGGUGGGUCACACACACCUAAAACCCGAUAGAUGUUUCUUUGUAGGAAUGAUUUAAGGUUUAAAGCACAUAAGUGAAUGCUGGACAUGUCCAGGGUAGGAGUACAUUUUCUCUAAGUCAAUCAAUAAUGAAUGAAUGAAGCAUUGCUGUUCUGCCAAUAAUACCUUUGCCUCCUCUUCGUCUCAGAACAACCAGAUAAAGAUAGUAACCAUUGAGGACCUGACACGUCUGCAGCAGUUGGAGACACUAAACCUGCAAAACAACUGUCUGACCACGCAAGGUAAAAACUAG